AUGUUUAUCCCCAGAUCCCCCAAAGUAGUGGACCCCAUGGAAUCCUCCCAACUCCCCUCCCAAUGUUUUGGCUGCUUCUACGGCAUCUACGGUCAUAACUCGGACCAAAAUGACGUGGACCUGGACGUGGACGCGUGGGCGGGGGAGCACCAGGGCACGAGGAGAAUGAAGAUCUGCCAGGUGAUGGCCUACUACACGCCCAAGGGGAAGGGCAAAGGAAUCGGCAAAGGCAAGUUUAAGCAAGCCGCAGUACCAACUCGCGACUAUCAGUACAACCUCGAGGAGCGCGACUACAAUGAUCAGGAUCGUGAGAGGCGCAUCCAAGAACGACACAACCGGGACAUCUCGCGACUCAAGGGGCACUGCAAGUCGCUUGCCAACAUCGAGAAGACCACUGGCCCACUCUGGACCUCGCAUUUGCCAGCUGCAGAUGUCUUGGGCACGAUCAAGGUCUCCAAAGAGAAAGGCGUACCGGAUGAGGUGCUUCUGGCGAACCUGCACUUGGAGCCUGGCGAGACCGAGCACUCGCUGGGCGACCUGAUCCCGAGCGAUGCGCAGGACCCCAGACGGAGGUCAUAUGCUUGGAAGAACUUGGAGAUCAUGGAGCGCCUGAGGCAAGAGCGCCUGGCUGGAAGAGUCUACGCUCCAGAGGAACGGUGCCCUGAACUUCAUCCGCCGCAGCAGCAGCGAUAUCCGGAGUACCAUUAUCCGUACCAAGAGCAACGGCAACCACAGAUGCCGCCGCAGCAACAGCAAGAAGGCAAUAGGCAACCUCGAACUGCAGGCAGUCUCUUGCAGAUUUGUGCUACCUUCGAUGGCCGACUGUACGGUCCAGAGUACUUAGUUUUGGCCAAGAGAGACCUAGUCCUUUGGCUGAGAGAGGAGGAAAAUUGGGCCUACGGCGAAAAGGUGGGACCAGUUGAUGAGAAGGGUGCUGAUGCAAGAGUUGGUCCAAGACAGGGUUGGUUUCCACCAGCGUUUGGAAAGCUCACCUGA